AUGGUGGACGACGACUACCUGCUGACGAACGAAGCGUACGUAGUGGUGGACGUCAAGUACUCGAUGAAGGACAAGCGCUCAGUGGUCGACAAGAACCCGAUGAUGGACGAGCUCUCGCUGACGGACAACUUGCUGACGGACGAGCACUCGUUGAUGAACAACUACGCGGUGGUGGGCAACUACCCGAUGAACUCACCGGUGGACAAGCACUCGUCGGUGGACAAGGUGAACAAGUACUUGGUGGCGGCGGACCCGUACACGGUGACGGACUACGAGGACGGUAACUUCAACUACGCGUACACCAACUACACACAACUGGAUCCAGCGGAUCUGGAUCCAGGCGACUGCUCAGUCUUGGAUUUGCUCGGUGUUGCUCUCGGACGAAUGCCGGAAGCAGAACAAGGACGCGGUGACGAAGCAGCAGACUCAGCCAGUGUCCAAGGGCGAAUCAACACGGUCGGCGCACGCGAUAGUGCGUCGUCACGAGACUUCGCUUCAGUGGGCUCGAACCGAGGCGCAGCGCUGACGAAGUGCUGCGAUUGCGUUGAUGAGCUGGAGUGGAUUCCUGUGGAGUUUGCUGACUUUGUUCGUGGAGUUGGAGUGGACGUGCUGGUGAAGGACUUUGAAGGCGAGCGAAUGCGACGAGCUGACGGGUGGCGAGGUGAUGAGUCGAAAGCACAGAUUGAGUAA